ACCGAAACUCUCCAGCUGAAGGAGGCGGCAGAGCGGGACCGGCAGCUCCUGGCUGAACAGCUCCACUCCCAAUGGCAGCAGCGACAGGCACGGGAGCUCCAGCGGCUGCGGGAGCUGAACCAGCGGCAGCGGGCGGCGGAGAUCCGCCAGCUGCUGCGCUGCAAGGAGGCCGAGCUGCAGGAGGUGCAGGAGAUGCUGCGGCAGCAGCGGGACUGUGCCAUCCAUCAGGCACGGGACCUGCAGCAGCAGCUGGCCAAGGAGCUGCUGAGAGCAGCCUGGAACAGCGGCCAGGGCCCCGCUAAGCUCCAGGACGUCCUCAGCAAGCUGCGCUGGGAGACCAACGGCCAGCAGGCUGCUGAAAUCCUGCGCCUCCAAGAUGAACUGCUGCUGCAGAGGAGACUCUUCCUCAAGUAC